AUGAAGUUCUUCCAGUAUCUUGCCGUCCUCGCUCUUACUACUGGAGUUUACGCUGAUUGCCGCAUUGAUGGAAAUGACCCCAACUGCUGCUGGGGAGGCGACCAAGGAUCGGAUGCUUGCGCUCGCCAGAAUGGCUACAUCGGCUGCAUCAAUGGCGCCGAAGAUGGCAAUUUCUGCAUGAACAUGGGAAUACCCAACUCCAAAUGCGUAAGUGUCUCAUAUCUGCCUGUUACUCGGCAAAUUUCACUUCACAUUUUGAAUAACCCAUAUACUAACCCAACUGAUUAUCAGGACGCCGACUGCUGCGAUACUCGUACCGGUUUCGGUAAGCCUUGCCCCAAGGGCAAGAACAGAUGUGACGACGACUCUGGAUGCCCUCACUAA